GUGAUCCAACCGUGCCAAGAUCUACUACAACCUGCAUUUCAUCACCUAGCUCGGUCGCAAGCACCACAGAAACUGAAGUUUUCUCAAGGUGAACACUGAAGAGCACUGUGGGUGAAGGAUGUUGAGAGCAACGCAACUCGUUGUCAGCUUCCAUGGAGAUUGUUUCUUGUACGGAGCACGUUCUUCUGAUGCCUGCGUGCGAUGAAUCUGAUUGUUUCUUGGAAAGAACAAGAAGCUGAUCAGUUUCCCUUGCUGCUUGUUCGAUGUAUGGUCAUGUGGAUGGAUCAAUGCAGGAGGGAGAAGAGCGGAGCUAUGGGAGCUCUGUGUGGUUUGGGCAGCCACUUCUCGACUGCCUCGAGUUGCCAGAGGUUACCCGGCAAGGUCGCGGUGAUCACCGGCGCGGCCAGCGGCAUCGGCAAGGCGACGGCCGCCGAGUUCAUCCGCAACGGCGCCAAGGUCAUCCUGGCCGAUAUACAGGACGACCUCGGCCGCGCCGUCGCGGCCGAGCUGGGCCCGGACGCCGCGUACACCCGCUGCGACGUCACCGACGAGGCGCAGAUCGCCGCGGCGGUGGACCUCGCCGUGGCGCGGCACGGCCGCCUCGACAUCCUCUACAGCAACGCCGGCAUCUCGGGCUCCUCGGCGCCCGCGCCGCUCGCGUCGCUCGACCUCGCGGACUUCGACCGCGUCAUGGCGGCCAACGCGCGGUCCGCGGUGGCGGCCGUCAAGCACGCCGCGCGCGUCAUGGUGCCCCGGCGCGGCGGCUGCGUCCUCUGCACGGGGAGCACCACGGGCAUGCUCGGCGGGCUCGCGGCGCUGCCGUACAGCCUCUCGAAGGCGGCGGUGGUGGGCGUGGUGCGGCUGGCGGCGGCCGAGCUGGCGCGCUCCGGCGUGCGCGUGAACGCCAUCUCGCCGCACGCCAUCGCGACGCCGCUGCUGGUCCGGUCGCUGGCGAGGAUGAACCCGGGGGUCAGCGACGAGCAGCUGAAGGAGAUGGUGGAGAGGGGGAUGAGCGAGCUCCAUGGCGCGGUGCUGGAGCUGGAGGACGUGGCGAGGGCGGCCGUCUACCUGGCGUCCGACGAGGCCAAGUUCGUCACCGGGCAGAACCACGUCAUCGACGGCGGGUUCACGGUCGGGAAGCCGAUGGACAUGCGGGUUCCACGUUGACGAGCCAGAGAUGUUGUCUGCAAAUGCCUCCAGCAACAGAUCAAUAAUAAUUUCUGCAUUCUAUGGGUAUAAAGCAAAAGCUCUUUGCCAGUUAUGAGCUAGAACAAAAGUUAGAACACGUUUUUACCAAGGAGCAUGGAAAUGAAACGUGAAAACACUGUAGAAGCCGAAUAUCCUCAGCACUUAUCAGAUACUAGAUAAUACAACAUUCCGUCC